GUUCAUAUGGCUGCAAUAUGCCAGUGAAUGUUGUCUGCUGGAAGCGUGCUAUUUGUUUGGAGUUCAUGGAGAAGGCUGAUGUGCUAGAAUAUUAUGAUCAGACAGUGAAUUCCCCCAGUGGAUCCUUCUACAUACCAGCUGUCUUGAGGGUUCCCCAUUUACUGCAGGUUAUAAAGAGAAGAAGAAUCAAGAGCAAUCUUAGUCGUAAAAACAUACUAUAUCGGGACAAUUACACUUGUCAGUAUUGUUCUUCACAUGAAAAUUUAACCAUUGACCAUGUAUUGUCGGCUGCACGUGGUGGACAAUGGAAAUGGGAAAAUCUGGUUACUGCUUGUGCCAAAUGCAACUCAAAGAAGGGUCAAAAGACUUUAGAGGAAGCAAAUAUGAAGCUGAUCAACAUUCCAAAGGCGCCAAAAGACUAUGACAUACUUGCCAUACCACUAACAAGCGCAGCAAUAAAGAUGCUGAAAAUGAGAAAAGGGACGCCUGAAGAAUGGCGUCAAUAUCUGUCACAGCCGUCUUCAGAGCCAUGAGGUUAUCUGUGGUGGCCGCUGUAUAUUCCGGUGUUAUGUACAUAUUAUUGACUCGUUCUCAUUUUUAAUGCUCAAGUCACCUAAUAGAACGUAAAAUGUUUAUGUAUUCCAUUGUGGUGUGAGCAUUUCACUUCAUUUUCCUCAGGAAUUGUGAAAAAGCUUUGUACUCUGUCUAACAUGGUUUUGAGUAUCUUGCUUUCACCUAAUUUUUCCCAAGUUUUUAAAACUCA